CUCUCCCACCCUCGCUCCUCCAUUCGCUCACUGCGCUCUCAUCCUGGCCGUAGCUUGUGUCUCUGCCUACUCUGUGCGUAAGAGCGCACAGAUGGGAAUGUUAACGGAUGCUCUCCUGAAAACGCGCAAUCGGAGCUGCUGAGGGCGGCAGUGGACGGACGUACAGCGGAGCAACUUCCCAAAACUCCACUUCAGCCCGGGGAGAUUUCAUUUCUGGUCUCCAUCCGCGCUCCUGUUUUCUCUUCCGUCUGGAUGAGGAUCUGCUGGUAAAAUGUCGGAAGGCGGCGCGGCGCUGCAGGACUUCUCCGCCCGCCAGCAUCGUGCGCCUUUCCGCGUCGCUCCAGGUUUGCUCGUUUCUGCGUGAAGUUGAAGGCGGGAAGCCAGCGCGAUGGGGGGAAGAUUCUUCCUGCUCGCCUUCCUGUUGCUCAAACUCACGGCUCUGGUGUGCAAGGCGGACGGGGAGCCGGGGCUGCUCGGCGGGUUCGUCAUGAUCGCCACGUCCAACGGGUCCCGGGAGGAGGACGGCGCGCCGGAGGAGGCGCCGCACACCGAGGAGCAGUGCCGGGGUUACUACGACGUGAUGGGCCAGUGGGACCCGCCGUUCGUCUGCAAGACGGGAGACUACCUGUACUGCUGCGGCACCUGUGGCUUCCGCUUCUGCUGCUCCCUGAAACAGUCGCGGCUGGACCAGAGCACCUGCAAAAACUACGACACGCCGGUGUGGAUGAAGACCGGCCAGACGCCCUACAAGAAGAUGAACAAGAUGCACGACAGCACCAAAGACAAGACCAACCUGAUCGUCUACAUCAUCUGCGGCGUGGUGGCCAUCAUGGCUCUGGUCGGCAUCUUCACCAAGCUGGGGCUGGAGAAGGCGCACCGGCCGCAGAGGGAGAACAUGUCCAGGGCCGUAGCCAGCGUGCUGCAGGGCGGGGGCCCAGGUGAGCCGUUCCGGGGGGAGGAGGCGCUCGGGAUUCACUCUCAGCACUUUGUCUCCAGACCGCCAGCCCUCCGUGAGUUUCAACUCCCACUCAGCAGCUCUGCGCGCAUAUGUGUGUGUGUGUGUGUGUGUGUGUGCGCUAGAAAAACCUGAUAACGGGGUGUGUAAGCUGGUGGAUUCUGUGGAAAAACGGUUUUGGAUUCAUCUGAAAUCUGAUGUCAGAUUUUCUCUGUUUCUUUCCUCUGGUUCAGUCCUGAUGAGGAGAGUGUGUGUGUGUGUGUGUGUGUGUGUGUGUGUGUGUGCGUGUGAGGCGCUGCUCUGGUUGUGUGUUGGUUAUUUUGGGUGUUUUAAUGGGGUGAUGUAAAGGAUCCGGUUUGUUCCUGCCGCGUCUCGUGGGACAUUUCAGCUUCUCUCCUCUUUGUGUUUUUAGCAGCGAAGAUCAAACAGAAACAUGAAAAUGCUGUGUGCAGCAUUCAUGCAUGAUGCAAACCAAAAACACCUCAAAGCUCCAGACCAGUGGUGCCCAAAGUGGGCCCUGGAGGUCCUGGAGAGCCUGGAGGUCCUGGAGUUCUGGCAUCCUGCAUGAUUUAGUCUCUCCCUGGUUUAACACACCUGGAUCCAAUGACGGCUCGUUAGAGGCCAAAGGAGAACACUGACCUGCUGAAAAGGUUGUU